AGUUGACGCGCGAACAGUCGGUGCAUGUGCGCGUUGCGUACAUUGGAAAGGUGUGGCAACCUUAUGACUAAAGAUGAAUGACAAACCUGUAACAAACAACGGCACCCAUGAAAAUCCCGGUGGACAACCAGAACUAAAUAGUGGUUGUGAAGGAGAGUGUGCACAAGAUCCCAACAGUUUGAUCAGUUACACCAAAGCAGCAAGCUAUUGGUCCAGUGUGCCUGCAUCACUCAAUGGCAUGCUUGGAGGACUGGGUCAUGUGUCACACAUUGAUAUCAAGACUUCUGAUGACCUCCUCAACACCAUCUGGAAGUGGGCGCGGCCGCCGGGACGCCAGCGAGCCCUGGACUGCGGCGCCGGCAUCGGCCGCGUCACGCGCCUGCUGCUCUCGCGCCGCUUCCAUACCGUGGACGCCGUCGAGCAGUGCCCAAAGUUCGUGGAGGCUGCGCGCGAGACGCUGCGCGACAACGAGCACGUUGGCCAGCUCAUCUGUGCCGGCCUGCAGGAGUUCAGCCCUGAGGAGAACUCAUAUGACGUCAUCUGGUGUCAGUGGGUGUUGGGUCACCUGACUGACGAGGACCUGGUGCAGUUUUUCGUCGGAUGUCGCCGAGGCCUGCGCGCCGACGGUGUGAUUGUCGUGAAGGAGAACGUGGCCACGGGCGACCAGUCGGAGUACGACGCGGCCGACUCGAGCGUCACGAGACCGCGCGCCCUGUUGGAGACAAUCUUCGCGGACGCCCAGCUUCGCGUUGUGGCCACCAGGCGGCAGCACGGCAUGCCGCGUGGCCUGUACGCAGUGCUGAUGUUCGUGCUCAGGCCGGACGAGCCCUAGGGCUGCCAGGUCUGGUUUUGUGAUAUGCUGGUGCUGCCGAGACACGUGGUGGUCCAGGAAGCAGCUGGAAGUCAGGCAGGCUGUUUGGAGGAGCAUUUGUAGUUAUUUUGGUGUGAGCGAUGUCCACGGUCCACACGCGGACGGUGCAUGGUGAAGGUGCCGCUGGCUGUCGCAGCCACAUUCACGGGGCUCAGAGCUCGGAGCUGGGCCAGCUGUGUUGUGACGGAGCUCGGAGCUGGGCCAGCUGUGUUGUCACGGAGCUCAGAGCCAGGCCAGCUGUGUAGCACGCCUAAAAAGAUGAAAACAGCAGAUAGAUGCUACAGCUGUUCUGUCACGGAGCCCGGAGCUGUGCCAGCUGUGUUGUCACGGAACUCUGAGCUGGGCCAGCUGUGUUGUCACGGAGCUCAGCGCCAGGCCAGCUGUGUUGUCACGGAGCUCAGAGCUGUGCCAGCUGUGCUGUCACGGAGCUCAGAGCCAGGCCAGCUGUGCUGUCACGGAGCUCGGAGCUGUGCCAGCUGUGUUGUCACGGAGCUCGAAGCUGUGCCAGCUGUGUUGUCACGGAGUUCGGAUCUGGACCAGCUGUGUUGUCACGGAGCUCGAAGCUGUGCCAGCUGUGUUGUCACGGAGCUUGGAGCUGGGCCAGCUGUGCUGUCACGGACCUUGGAGCUGUGUUAUCCCAGUCUGAUCCCAGCCUUGCAGUAGAAACAUCAUCUGUGUAAAGUACCUGCUCGUCUCAUCAGCUCACAGACGAGGCUUGUUAGAAAAUACUGGUUGUACCAAUGGGGGUGCCGCAUACGCACAUGGUCAAGCGGCAGGGUUUUACCAUAAGUGUCCUUGCUUGAAAUGAUCAUUGGGCGGUGUUGUGCAUUACGGUGCUUUGGCUGAACUAUGAGCCGUGUUUACCACUUCCCGUAGCGCACAAUCAACGCAUUGCUGGAACUAAACCAAACGGGGUCGCCAUUUCGCGUUAGCGCCUUGCGCGUGGGUGCCGGUGUUUGCCGUAGUCCGUGGUGGUGUCUAAUUGCUGUGGACUGUUCUGCUGGUCGGCAAAGGCCAAGUUUGACGUUUAUCGUUGCAGUUCUCAUCGGCGGUUUGCAGCCUUCGUCAUGAAUGAAUCCUGGAUGUCAGGCCCAAUGGAAGGUUAUUUUGAGUGUCCUGUCCAUCAUAACAUUUUAUAUGGUUACUUUUCCUCAUCGUUAGUCCUCAUAUCCAGAAUGUCGCCCAGCUCAGGUGGAGAUCAUUGUAUCAUACUGCAAUGCUUUGCUAUACACUGCGUGUAUAAA